AUGCGUUUCACUCUCCCUCUCGUUCUCCUUACAGCGCUUGGCAGUGUGCAUGCUAAUCAAUGUCAACUUGUUUCGCAGGUGGGUGGCACCGCUCUUGCUGGUGAACAUUGUACCGGAGAUAUUGACUGCUGCGCAUGCGAUCUUACAUCUGGACGAGCAAUGAUCUGCCAGCUUGUCAGGCCAGACGGAUCAGUUACUGCACCCCAUGAUAGAAGGACAUAUGUCUCCUCACACAAGUGCAUGCCUUACGGCGACGUCAAACAUGAAUGCCCACCACCGAAAUUCAUAGACCGAUAA